CCUUUGUAUUGUCUAGAGAGGUAUGGGAGUUCAUCUUCAUUGAUUCUGCUUUCUUAUUUCUGUUUCUACUGAUGAAUAAUUAGCUAACCUUUCUUAAUCUUCAAUAACAAUUAACCAUAUGUGUUUGUAGAAAUAAGAAGAUGCGGUAUGGGUGUCAAUGAGACUACUUUACAUUCAAGUCACAAUGUGUAAAACAGCAAUAAUUAGUAUUUAAAAGUUCUAUCAAUACUUAUACAAUAAUAUAACAAGUAACAAUGUGCAAAAACAGCAAUAAUAAGUAUUUAGAAGUUCUAUCAAUACACGAGAUAGACUUUUUAUAUGUUAGUGAAUAAUACUUGUACUAGGAUAUAAUGUUAUACAUAAUAGCAACUAUACUAAGAGACAAUGAAAUCAAUAAAAACAAUAUCAAUUACACACCACAAGCAGUGAAAUGGUCAUAUAGGUAAAACUCCAGGGGGGGUAAUAUAAUCACAUAUACAAAAUUUAAAACAAUAGAAUUGUCACUUUGCAGGAGAUAUUUUAUCAAACAAUAGAAGAGACGGAGCGAUCAACUUGGGUUCUAUAAAAGGCAGGCGAUUUUAAGCUUUCUUCAUAACACAUUUGUUGAUUUUAAAACACUGUCGAAAAUCAAUCUUAGUAUAGUUGAAAAAUGGUUUGCUACGAAAACACUGUUUCCUGUGCCGUUGUUGGUGAUGGAAUGGUAGGCAAGACAUGCCUUGCUAAAAGAUUUGCUGGAAACCAGUUCUCUGAACAAUAUGUUGCUACAGUUGCAGAAACAUCGACUGGAUCUGUGUCAGCUUAUGGUGACAAGUAUAAAGUCAUCAGCUAUGAAGAUCAAUCAGCUAGAUCCAAAACAAUAACAGAAUCCGACGUCAUUGUUGUAUGCUACAGUGCAGUUGACAAAGAAUCAUUUGAAAACGUCAAAUCCUUUUGGAUUCCAAUGGUCCGAAAACUCCAUAAGAAGAAACCAAUUGUUUUAGUCGCUACACAUAGUGACAUGCGUGAUGACAAUAAUACCGAUCAUGUAUCAGACGCUGAAGGACAAAACUUUAUGAAAUCAAUUAAUGCUGACUAUUACAACAAAUGUUCUGCUGCUACAAAUGAGGGAGUGAAGAAUGUCUUCGAAAGUGUCGUCUGCGCCGCUAUUAGAUAUAGAAAAAAGAAAACCAAUGUGCUUAAACGUGUUUUCGCACGAUGAACUUGAACUUAUCUCUGCCCGGAGAUGAACAUUUACAAAACACAUCUUGUGUUAAGAAAAGCAAAAUACUUGCUGUCAGAAGACUUUGAGAUAGAUGGAGUUGGAGGUGGAAUGUACCACUGGUGUACAUUCCAAAGACGGAUUGAAAUACUACUGUCGAAUUACAGUGAUUGAGAUGGAAAAUAAGUAGUUCCGGUGAUGUUCAAGGACAUGAACUUAGAAAAACAAUACGAAAUCAGUCAUAUUUAUGAACUUAAAGAGAAACGAAUUGAUUUAGUGAAAAGACACAAAC